GAGUCACUUCAACAUCUGAUUGCUCAUGCAUUUCCUACGUAAACACAGAGCUUUUAGCCCUCAAGAAGUUUUAAAUGUUUUUGUAGCCAUCUAGCAGUGAAGACGGUUUCCGUUCAUGAACGCGUGGCGUGGUGGAAUUCAAAACCGUGGAGUGGCGUUGAAAAUUUCGGACGCUGGAAAGUUUCGGUGGGACAACAGCGCGAACGCAGUUUUUCUCUUCAAGGGAACAUGAACUACUUUUGGAAAUCUGUUCGCGCCGUGAGCUUCUUGCUUGCGUGUUUUGCUGCCAAUUUUCCAAUGCUGGAUGCCACGAAGACACUAUACAUAGGAGGUUUAUUUCCAAUGAGUGGUUCCUCUGUAGCUUCGGCAGGAAAAAUAUUUCUUCCUGUAAGCGAACUGGCAAUUGAUAUGGUGAACAACCGCACCGAUUUGUUAAACGGUUACCAAUUGCAGCUCAUAUGGAAUGAUACACAGUGUGACCCAGGACAUGCGACAAACUCGCUGUUUGAGUCCCUUCACACCAGGCCCCCAAUGAUAAUGCUCCUAGGGGCUGCUUGUUCAUCAGUGACCCGAGCCACUGCACAGAUCGGCAAGCUCUGGAAUCUUGUACAGGUGUCAUAUGCCUCCACUGCCAGCGAUCUAUCCAAUAAGGAGAAGUAUCCCAUGCUAUACAACAUUGUACCACCUGACUCUGCAUAUAACAACGCGAGGAUAGCUUUCUCAAAGCACUUCAAGUGGAAGAGAAUUGCUACUAUUCGACAAAAUAGUUACGUCUUUGAUGAGGUUAUGGACAUGCUCCAAGAAGAUCUUAUAAACAACAAUUUCGAUCUUAUAGCCACAGAACUGUUUAAUGACGAUCCUAAGAUUCAGGUUGAAAAUCUGAAGAAGAGAGACGCCCGCAUCAUUGUUGGGAUGUUCUACGAAGACAAGGCUCGGAGAGUUUUUUGCGAGGCAUACAAACAAGAAAUGUACGGAGAGCACUACAUGUGGUUGAUAAUGGACUGGUACGACAACAAACCCUGGUGGCUCGUUAAAGAUGAUAAAAUUGAUUGCACAGAAGGACAGAUGAGAAUGGCGACCGAGGGCUACUUUUCCGUUGAGAGUGCACGGAUUGUUUCCAACCAGGAACCCACUAUAUCAGGAAUGACCUCCGAAAAAUUUCUACAAACCCAUGUCAAGCCAAGUGGAAACAACACCGAUCUUUAUGUUCCCUUCGUGUUUGACUCCAUGUGGACGAUUGCUCUCACAUUAAACAAGUCUAUGAGUGAAAUCCGCAAAACCUUGAACAGAUCUCUAGAAGAUUUUACCUACCAAGACAGUGGCAUGGCGCAAAUUUUCAAGCAAACGUUGAAAAACCUGGAAUUCCAAGGGAUUACGGGAAAAGUGACGUUUUCAAGUAAAGGGGAAGGAACGAAGCCCUCAUACAUAAAACAAAUGCAAAACGGAAUUUCGAAGAUAUUGGGCACAUACCACCCUGAUACCGAUAAAAUUGUGUUGGAUGGUGCUCAAGUGUUAUGGAAAGGUGGCGCUCCUCCAACUGAUGGCAAAGUUACCAUUUAUGAGAUACAGCACGUUUCUACGCCACUGUUUUGUGUCAUCGUUAUUUUGACCAGCGGAGGCAUUUUAUUGGCGGCGUACUUCCUGCGAUUCAAUUUUGUUCGACGAAUGCAACGCCAUAUCAAGUUAUCAAGUCCAAACCUUAACAACGUGAUAAUCUUAGGAUGUGUAUUGAUCUACAUAUCUGUUUAUAUGAUCGCCAUCGAUGGUAAAUUGGUGGACACCAGCACACUAACGGGCCUGUGCAGGGCUCGAGGUUUUCUCUUGUCCGUUGGUUAUAGUCUAGCGGUUGGUGCAAUGUUCUCAAAGCUGUGGCGAGUGUAUCAGAUUUACAGCAACUUUAGACCUAAAGAAAAGACACUCAAGUAUAAGGAACUUAUUGGUUUCAUGGUAGUUCUGGUACUGAUUGACAUAGUUGUAAUGUCUCUGUGGAUUGGAGUGGAUACACCUGAGAUUGUUACAACUGACAUACAGUCGCAGAUUAAGGAAGAACCUCAUUUUAGAAUUAUACCACAGGAGCAAUACUGUACUUCCAGAUACUUCACCACUUGGUUAUACAUUCUGCUCGGCUACAAAGCUCUCUUAUUGGUGAUUGGAUGCUUAAUCGCAUGGGUCACACGUGAGGCAAAAGUCCGCCUGCUCAAUGACUCGCGUUACGUGUGCAUGAGUGUGUAUAAUAUAAUACCUUGCGCUCUGGUGGGUAUACCGCUGGCCUUCCUGAUUGAUGGUCACAUUAACGCGCUUGUGGCGUGUGUCUCGUUUUUUCUGCUCCUUCCUACAACAGUGACACUUUGUUUGCUUUUUGUACCGAAGAUUUUGAAGCUCAAAAAGAAUGCGGAGGAGCAAUUUCGGAUAUCUGCUCUACAAUGUCCUACACGAAACGUAAUGGAAGUAAAUUACGAUUCGCUUGAUUCAUCUCAUUCCGUCAAUGAUCCCAGUGCGGAUUCAAAACUUCAGGAAGAGAUAGCCACGCUCAAGAAAGAAAUACGUGCAAUUAAACUUAAACACGGAGAAAAUGCAAUUCCAAACCUGUCGGUUAGAAUCGCCGACCCCGUUGAAAAUGGUCGGGAGGGGAAAUCUUUCGCUCAACUGCCUGUAAGACUGCUGACUAGACCACAACUUAACAAGCGGGCAGUUACGUGUCAUACCACUCAAGAAUUGUGCGUUCGAAAGAGGCGUAAACGUCGGUCAUCCUCGUUUUCCGGACCGUAUUUGCAACGGGGAUCACUCGACAUUGGGUCGUUCUUUGCCGAGCUCGCUGAUCCGCUAUUGGUGCUGAAAGCGGAGAACCGAGAACUGAACAGAAAGCUGCAAGAGGCGAGAAUUUCCGAGGCGGGAAAGCUGGCUAAAGUGUGGCAUGAGAAUGCGCAGCUUCACCGCAAGAUUGUGGAGCUCAACCUCAAGAGUGCUCCGAGCGAAGAGGCUGAAAAAGUGUCACGCCUUCUUAAGGAGAACGCGGAGUUGAAGAAGCAGUUGGGAGAAGUCAGUAUUUUGAAUUCAGUUUGGUGUGAUGUAACGCCUCAAAUACAGAGAAAACAGAACGAAGAUAGAAAAAUUUCGAAAGAUUUAAGAGAGCUUCAGCAGCUUCUUAGUGUGGACCUCGGUGGUCGCAGACCGGGAUCUUUCCGUCCAUCUUCUGUCUCAAGACCACCUCCCAUUGGCCGCUCCCAGUCCUCGUCCGAGUUGCACUGCAACUGGAACGGAACCCCAUGUGGUGACAAGAAAAGACCCAUUAGCCCUCUUGCAAUAACCGCCGUGAAACGAUUUAGCUUUGAGGGCAUCGACAAAAGACAAGAUUUCUGUGCAAGCACUGAAAAUCCAAGAGCUGGAACAACGACGGCGGAGGCUGAAGCAGUUAAAUCUUUAACGAUUGUAUCGGAAUCUCCUCAAGCUGUGAUAAGCGAAACCAGAAGCACGGGAAAAGCUCCCUCUAUUAUUCGUAGAGAUAACAUAGAUGGUUGCGAGUCGAAGAAAGAAAUUUCUGGCAUCGGCGAAAGAACCAAUGUGGGAUUUAGCAGUGAUGAGGAUGAAGAUAUAAUUCAUUUGAAGUCGGUAAAUAAAAUGGAUGAAAAUUUUGAAAAACCUUGCAUUUUCAAUCACGAGAAAGAAGAUGUUGUGAUGAGCAGCCAAAAUGCAAUUCCGAAGAUCGUGCGUCAGGAUCGGCUCUUUUCGUCAGAACCAAAAGACCAAAGCAUUUCCGAUCCAAAGUCGAAUUCUUAUCGUGAAACAUCUGACGAAAGUGUUCAAAACCUUUUUGGUGUAGAGACUUCUAGAGUGGUACUCGAUGAAAAUGACAAUUUGCAAAGUACUGUAAUACUACAAAACCCAUUAGUGGCUAAUGAUUUCGAUACAAAUCAAGAAUUUCACGAGGAAUUAAGGAACUUUUCAGGUCAGACUGAAGAAAAAGUGGAAUUGUCAGACUCAAAGACACUUGAUUCCCCAGUACAUGAGGCAAAUCCUACGCGAACACAGAAAGCUUCAUGUGACCGAAGUGCAAAGGACUUUCCGGCUUACAUGAGGAAAGUGCAAAGAAAGAAGGAGAAAAAGAAAAAUGACAAAAUAGAAAAAAUAUUCUUUGUAUAAUCAAUUCUGACAAACAAACUCGUCAAUCAUCAAAGUAUUUGUUUAACCAAUCAGUGUGAUAUAAAAGCGUCAAGGGAAAAAGAAAAAACACGGAGUCUUAUCUGAAAUAUAAAGAUGCAAAAAAAAUCCCUCCUGUCAUCCAUCAUCACUCUGUCCCUCCCCUAAAAAUUAUGUGAUCCCCCGCCAAAUGAUAAAAAAUGGCUGGCUCCUUAUUCAACAAUUAGUUGCCCCUGAGAUUAGGUAGAGGCUGCCUAAAUGCACCAAGCACAGUCUGUUAGAAGAAGACGCAUUAAGAGUUCGAAUCUUAUGACAUAAAACUACGACCUUCUGACAUGUUAAAUAUCAUCACGA